AUGCUGUCCGUUGUCCAGACGUAUCACCAGCUACAGCUGGCGAUCCCUUAUUCUCUAAAGUGCUGGUCCCAUUGGGCCGAGACCAUCCAGAGCGAGGAAGAGUUUGCUGCCAAUCGCUUCUCCGAGAUCAACGAGCGCCUCGCCAACGCGCGCGCAGAGAUCAAGCAGCAGCGGAUUUCGUCUCCCUCUGUCAUCGCCUCGAGGCUCCUCAAGUUUGACGACGAGAUCGAGGCCUGGCGGCGAGACUUGCCAGCGUCCUGGGCCUACAAGUCGUACUGCUCUGUGCGGUCUACCAGGAGCCCUCCCAGUGAGGUCUUUGAGAGCCACUACGACAAGUAUCCGGACCUGUGGAUCGCGUCGACCUGGAACAACUACCGAUCUGUCCGGCUCUUGAUUCACGAGGCCAUCAUAGCCGCGACACUGAAACACGGGUCAGAGGAGGAGAUCGCGAACCUCACAGCGUCGAUGGCGGUCCUGGCGAGGAUGGCCAGGGACAUAUGUAAUAGCGUGGCGUACAUCAUGGGCCGUGGUCGCGAAGGGUCUCGGUCGCCCACGCCUGAAGACGGCAACGGCUCCGCCUCUCCAGGGGGCUACUUGCUCUUGUGGCCGUUGUUCCUCGCGGGCAUGCUCAGGACGACUCGCAGGGUCCAGCGGGCGUGGAUCACUUCCGAGAUUCGACACAUUGGAACAACGAUGGGGAUUCACUUGGCCAUUUCGAUGGCGAGGGUGCUGGUAGAGCAUAACAAGUCGUUUUCGGAUGCCGAGGUGUGGUUCAUAGGGCAAUUCUACCCAUGA